AAUUGAUUGGGUUGGUCGCGAGGACGCGGACCCUCCCUGUACUACAGGCGGUCCAGCGCCAAAUUCCAGAGGAAUACCCAUUACCGUGUUCUAACUUUAAAUAACUCCCCCAACCCAAACGAGUCUGAAAUUCAGGUCAAGGUCACACGGGCUCCGCGCAAUCCAACUAACCUCUACCGUAAGUCGCUGUGGCCUCCGUCCGUGGUCCGUCUUGGGGCCAAGGUACUUAUGUGCAAACGGGCGGCACUGGGGUCUCUCGCCUUUACGCCACGUCCCAUCCCACUUCUUAAAUAUUAGGAUAAGUCUCAAAUCCCCAUUCGACUAGGAGCCCUUCUGUACAAGGCGAAAAGCCCGUCUACUACACCUUCUCCAUGUUUGUCCGUGGGGUCUGUUACCCACUACUUCAUCUCCCGUUCUGUGUAGUUUCGGGUUUUAUAUGCCGGCGAGGAAUCAAAGAUCCUACUGAUUAGUUUUUUUCUUACUAUUCGCGUUGCGAUAUGCCAUUCGAGACGAGAAGCUUAUCUAAUCGAUGAAAUUUGUAUGCACCUUAGGAGGAAGGUGAAGCUGACCGAACCAUACUUCAGAAGUACUACGCCUGCUGCGCUCGAGAACAGGACUCCACAAACUCAAAGAACAAAAAGUCCAAAGACGUGUCCUCUGGACAGGCGGAAAAGGAGCAGACAUCAACAGCCAGUAGCCCAUUAAAACGCCGCGGACGCCCUAGGUCUGCACGCUGCGCCUAUUGCCUGGCCAGCGAGGCCCUGCACCGUUAUCGACAGACCUUGAACUACGAGCGUUCCAACUCGGCAGGACCCUCUGCUCGAGCCCUGCGGGCCGGCGACGACACCCUGCUGACAGACGACGCCGAUCUGGACGCCCUCUCCACGAAUGCGGACCUCACAUCGGUAGGGAUGGCGAACCCUCUGAUCGUCGGCCUGCAGAUUGUCUGUGCCCAACUAGGUCGUCUAAGCACGGAUAGAGUGUACUGGAAAGAAGUAUCCAGUCGGUUAGAGCGUCUGCUGCAACUCCUCAUGCGUGAGCUUUUGGUAGGUCUGAUGCGUCUGCUCGUUCUAAAUAUCCUGACUGUUACCUCCAGUAUUCAUGUAAUCCAACUGCAAGAGCACCGACAACCGCUUAUCAAUUAGGAGUCAUUGCAGUGCAUUCUGAUAUUUUCCCUUGACAGCCUUCUUCUCUUCUCCUGACUUCCUUUUACUGCUCGAGCUUGAUAUUCGCUGGAAGAGCGAACCACUUUGAUGCUGUCAAAUACCUUCGUGCUAUAAUUUGAAUGAAGUGCUGGUCAGCCAUACUCGCUGGGAAAAGUUGUCGUCCUCGUCGAUCACAAUUGUCGAACUAGCGGCACAAAAUAACUUUUGAAAACCGAGCUCACGAGUAGCAACUGUAAAACGGGAUAUACGGGCAAGAACCUACGUCUAAGUGAGUGGUGACGGAGUUCUUACAUGUGCUAAUGUCAAACGUGGAUUAUAUACGGCCGACGUUUUAGCGCUGCAUCCACGGAGAAAUCAGCAUGCUUGGGGGCGCGGAAUCGACUCUCACCUGCUGUUCGUCAGCAGUUGACGCAAGCUAGAAGGCCAACCCAAAAUGCUGGACAGGAAUUCAAGCGCCGAGUAUAGAUACACAUAUAUGUCUCUAAUUUGUGCCUUAUAUUUUCUUCAGGGCCAGUUUUAGUGAUAAGAACGCUAGCCUGGGUACUUGUCUUAACAUUAGACUUUCUGUACUACCAAGGUUUCGUAUGGCGGAGAUGGUUGAUGGAUUGAUGGGCACAGCUCAGUAACGCGGGUGCGAAUAGGCGCUUACUGUUGACGGGUUCUUCGCAUCACACUAGUUUCCACAUGAUGAAGAAGCACCACUUGUGUAAUUGUUUUUUCAGGCCAAGUUUUGUAUGCAUUGGACUGUAAAAUGCGACCGUCUGAAGCUUGGCAACUUUUUUACACUAGCAGAUUAAAGGCAUAGGGCUGAACAGGACAUAUUAACCAACACCAGAAGAUUGCAAAGGAUUGCCGAAGAGAGAAAGAAGUACGUUGUAAAAGGUAACUGUGUCCUCUGGACCGGGUUGACGUCAUGUCAAAAACCGCUACUAGCUACUGUCGGAGUUGACGGACAAAAAUCGUCCGAAACCUUGAUUCCGGAUUCCUAUUUAGAGGCUUUGACACUCGCUCAGCAAAGAAGUUCAUCAGCCUAAUGGACUAAGCAGUAAUGACCUCAAUUUGACCCGCCAAAGUUUUCUUGGUCUGCGACGGUGCCACUCGACUGACCUCCUCAUAUUGGCAGCCUCUUGAAGCCUGUAUGUAGUUCGUGUUCGCCUGAUGUGGGUGCAGGCUGUCCAAAGAUAAGCACACCUGUCUUAAGGUCACUGAAGCGUGCCGUACAGGUGGCAUUUCUUUCAUCUUUCACCCUCAGUUCUGAGGAGGAGAGAAUUAUCCUGUAAUUUGGCAGACUUCCAAGCCAUGACCCAUCUUGAUAGAAUCAGGCGCAUUCGUUUUAUCAUUGCGAGCAGUGUGCGGAUGUGCCAUGAAGUUGAAUUCUCCAGUGUCAAUCCUAAUCUCAUUUCACUCUCUCAUGCCCCAGCCGAAUCUUCUAGCCUACCAAGCACGCAUACACACACAAGCGUUCAUAAGACAAGGUUGUUCUGGCCUCAGCAUCCCUAUUUAGUUCAUGAGUGCCAUUACUAGCCUAUCUCGCUAGUCAGUCAGCUGAAUCAGGUCUUUAGUUGGAAUUUUAAAACAGGAUUGUUUCCCCUUCCAUCCUUAUUCCUUUCUGCCUAGUGGACAGCGUGGGCUAAGCGGUGUUCGUCGCCAUCACUACUUGCACGCACACUUCUCUUCCCUGGUCUUAUCUAUUUUGCUGAUAGAUUUACACUGUAUCGCUAUCGAAUUUUACUGUUCUAGUUCAUUGGACGCGUCCACUUUCUGACCAAGGAGUGGUGGAAUGUCCACGACGACGCUGAGCAGUUUGUCUUGCGCCUCCAAGCAACGAGUCCCACUGACUUGGCCUUUGUCCCACCCGACGAGGUUAGUUAAGCCAGCCCUUUGCCUCUCUUGCCCUUUCGUUUGCCGUUUGUCCGCAUUCCUAAAGAGUGGCUGUCUUGAACAACGAUGGGUUAAGAUUUGUGUGGUUAAACUAGACGGCUACUGGCAUUCAUGUGUUUCCAGAACCAGGAGAAUGUAGCAAUAGUUUGUCGACUUCUAAUUCACUCGCCAACGAUCAUCGUUCUUAGUUUUUGAUCUCAGCGAAUGCGGCCAGCGACUAAGAACCAGGAAUGUAAGUGAAUUUGUCCAGUGAGAAGGUAGUCUGCGCAAUCACAGCCUCAUUCGUUAACUGCCUCUGCUUUAUGUUUCUCAUAAAAAAGACCAUCAAAGUUAAUGUCUGCGGCGUUUUGUAAGGAAUCAUGUGGAGGUGACGUUUGGUUUUACCUUGGAAUUUAGGUCUCUGUGCCUGCACGGACGGUUGCGUAGCCUUGGCCAACCAGUUAGGGAAACAACCAACCUUAGUCCUGAAGGCAAGUUAAUUGACAAACUGCACUCCCGUCUGUCGUCGAAAAUCCCCAUUCGCAGCCGACAGUGAGAAGUUAUAGCUCACGUGGCAGAGCAUUGCGUUCGGUGGCCAACGUGAUGUAGGUUCAACCCUCAGGACCAUGAUUGUCUGACGACAGUAACGAUACUUGGCAUCUCGAAUGGUUAAAUUUUCCAUCCUGACGUGUGGUCUACCCUUUUGCUUAUAUAAGUAUACUUCUCAUGCAUGCCCAGGUGGAUUCGCAACUGCAGUCUCAGACUGCAGACGCCCUAACGGCCUGGUCUACUCUCAAGAGUCGAUUGGGCCAUUUGGCCUUUCUUCGCAACGCCCUGCAGCAACAGUCUGAAAGCGGUCGUCCGGGAGCUGGUCAACUCGAAUGCCCCGCUUGUCUGAUGAUCCAUUCGCCAGAACGUCCAACUUUCGUCCUUCUGCCCGACUGCUGGCACAGUCUCUGUCUCGCCUGCUACGAUCGCAUCCGCGGGCUGGCUGUUGCUGCGCAACGUCGUUGUCCCGUUUGCCGUGCACCAUUCUUGCUCACCGCGGGCGGCAAUAGAGCUGUUCGUCGGCACCCCCUCACUCUAAUGCAUUUUGGCGGAGGGGAUGUUGAUGAACAGAAGGCCGCGGUCGAGGAUGGCAAUCACAGCGCUUCGGAAGGGGAUCGUGUUUUGGUGGGUUUGGUUGCCGCUUGCAAAGCAGACGUCUAAUGACUUUUCACUGUACUAACUUUAUAUCUAUUCCGGUUUCCAGGGUGAUCACAGUUCCAAAGUGCGUGAGGUCGUUAGGUGUCUGAAGGCCAUCAAGCGCGACGAUGCCGACGCCAAGGCUGUAGUCUUCAGUUCGGUAUGUUCAUUCCUUCAGCACACCCGCGUUUUCUACAGUCUGACCGAUUCCAUGAAAUGUUAACCAGAAUUCCAACCUGCUCUCGAUUUGAAAUGGUUACUUAAGUGGGGUUAGGACAUUUGUUAUCGGGCAACAUAAUACUCUAAUAUUUCAGACACGACGGGAUAUUAGCUGUUAUACACACUCUCUUUCGGUCGUUCGUAAAAACCGCACUCGGAAAAAAGCAACUUCUUAUGCAGUAUUGUUUAUUCUCUUGAUUUUGACUGCCCCCUUAAUGUCAGGUAUAUUUUAUAAGAAUCAAGCAUAAAAAUAUUCUUAUACUUGUUUGGUAGCAAAUCGUAUCUUUUGGUUCUAAAAAGGUUUCAAAGUAUGUGAUUUUUUAAACCGUGAGAUGUGCAUCCAAAUUGCAUCGUAUGUGUAGUUUAGUAAAUCAUCUUGAAAAGUAUACAGCAUAGUCCACGUCCAUUGCCAAAUUUUAUGAGCCCUACAUGGUAUCUUCUUAAUGCAUUGAAGAAUGUAUGAUUUUCCUUAGGCGGAAAGUAUAAGACUUGUAGACUGAAAACUCUGAACGCAAAUGUAACGAAAGAUCGGGCGUAAAACUAUUCGGUAAUUGGGAAACCUUUUAAAACCUAAGUAUACCUUUUCUUUGAGCACCAAACGUUGAAGUAGAAAUUAUUGUCUUCCAAAUAAGCAUAAGAAAUGCCAUCUCUGACCGCACUUUUUUAUAAAAUACAUGUAAGUUUAUAAGAGCAUCCAAAUUGGUAAAAAAAAUGUUAUCACUUAAGUAGUCGUUUGUUUACCUAGUAUGUUUUUUUCCAGACAACCGGAAAUGAUUGCAUUUGUAAGCUAAUAUCCUGAUGUCUCUGAAAUAUUAUGGAAGUAUCCUGCAUGACAACUAAUUUGAUAAAUAUACAUAUGUAAUCCUUCCUAGUCGAAAACGCAUUCCACAAUUUCGGUUAUCAUUUCAUGAGAUAAAUAAGCAGCUCACUGGGAGUGCACCAGGCCAGACGCAGACAGCUGUUUUACGGUCGUUACCGAUCAUCAGUACGUCAUAAACUAUAUGAAGUGAGGUAUAUAAACAUGUCAAGUGAGCGUUUGACCCUCAAUGUUGCGGUUAGGAUCUCACUGGAUCCCAUUCUGUCUGUCCACCAACUUGCUACUGACGACAGCGAACGUUUUGUCGUAGAACGCUUGCCACAUAUUUACAUAGGCAGCCCACUAGGAGUGUAACAGGCCUUUCAACUGAUCUUCCACUGUCUCUUCCACCUUCAGUGGCUGUCUGUCCUCUACACAAUGGCUCGCGCAUUAGAACAAAAUGGCAUCGCGUUUGCCACCCUUUUCAAAGCAAGAGACGCUCGUGAUUUGGCGGGGUUCCGUUGUGCAGGCUCCCGCACCUGGGUUCUCCUUCUACCAAUUCAGUUAGGUUCCAACGGCCUGAACCUCACUGAAGCCAAUCAUGUCCUCCUCAUCGAUCCAGUGAUUAGUCAUGGCCGGGAAACGCAGGCGAUUGCUCGCCUACAUCGGAUUGGUCAGACCAGGUUCGUUUUUAACUCAUCAUCUACGUAGCCCUUCUGUUCGCUGAUAUUAAUCCAUAGUUUUCAGAACGUGUUCUAUCAUACGACUCCAUAAAGUAGCCACUGUACUUGACCUAAAGUCUUUAUUACUAUUCAUCUAGCAUAUUAACAGGUGGCAGUGUGUUAGCAGACUUAGUAAAAAGAGGUCUAAGGAUGGCAUGUUUUGCAGAGACUAAAUCAAUAGUUCAUUUUGACCCAACUACGGAAACUUUGUCGACCUCCGUAGGAUUCGAAUCCACGGGUGAUGAGAUUUCAGCAAUCGACAACUUGCGUGCCGGCCAUCAAGCAAUUAGCGCACCAGGGGAGAACAAUUCUUGAUGAAUCGGAGAGUGGUUAAUUAUCAUAAGUAUGCGGUAGCAUAGUGACUGCAGCCUAUAAAUACUGCAACUUCCUGGACGCGAAUCAUCUGUUUCUGUCACUGUCUCUGAUGAUGGAUUCAAGUGAGAAUCCGAAACGUCAGGCGAAUAAAGCUCUUGUUCCAGCGAUCGCCUCUACUUUUUACCAACUAAUUCCUAGAACUCACAUCUUCGCUUGUAUCCGUACUGUAUUGAUUGUUUGUUCUGACCUAGCUACGGAAACUCUGGUGACCUUCGUAAGAUUCGAACCUACGACAACAAGGUAAAACCAUUAGCACAGCCAUCCCUCUAGCCAACUGAGCUAUAAGGCUCCAUCGGUAGGCGUGAAUUUAAUCACAUUUUGGUCAAACUACUUACCCAGCCUACUGAAAUAUAUAGAAUCCACUAAAUCUGAUACAGCAACCUGACUGUCCAAGCAGGAUUCCCCGAGUAAUUAAUCUGAAAUCUACCAGAUGACUACCAGGCUCAUUUAAUUACUAGGUGUUUUGGUAGAUUUUGUAUAAUUUAUCUUGACCCAAAUGGGAUUAUACUCACCGCUCCCGAUGGGGCCUCGUAGCUCAGGUGGCCAUAUCGUUGGUUGUACUCAAGCCUUCCCCUUCUAGUCGUGGGUUCGACUCCCUCAGUGGUAGCCAACACGUGUUGCGCUCAAGGGACGUCGAGAAGCGUCUCCUUUAUUGUUGCAUUCGCGGGCAGUAGUGUUUGUCCUCGGGUAUGACGGACAGACUAUGGUAUUAAUUAUCGACAUUUUCAUAUUCUCCGGUUGAUAACCGCUUUGGACUGUUUAUGCUUGCCUCCAAUGCUGCCGUCUAUAUUUAUUUUUUGCAAACUAUCUCAUGCGCUAGUACUUUACCUCGUCUGACUUCAGUUACUCCCAGGUGAUUUCUGAAAAUACCAACCACCCUGAUAUGCAUGAUGAUUUACCCUCCGUUCAGAGAUGGCCCACUCUUUGCUUCUGGCCAGGCUGUUUGCACAUUUUAGACGGCACAAUUGGUUGCAGCCGCAGUUAAAAUUCCACUUGAGGUUCUUAUUUGCGAAGCAUCGAAUUUCUUUAGGGGGAAGGCAAGGUCUAACAAGGCCGGCUGCCUGUUUAGAGUGCCCGUGGCGACUAGGCGCGGUGUCUCGCCAGUGCUUCCGACACCCAGUUUCACUCUCCAACUCAUCGACUUUUUUCAGGCUCAUGGCACCCUACCUGUCAGUUUAUCCGUUUCCUGUCGUCCGCUUUGCAAGUAAUAUCGGCCACUUGUAUCUUUCUAGCCUCCAGAACUUUAACAGACUUACAAAAUAGUUACUGUCUCGACCCUCUGACAGAAUAUCGAGUUUUCUCCUUUACUUUUGUGUCAACUAAGCUUGCAGUUUUUCGAAACUUCUUCCCUGUUGAUAUUGGCAUUUGCCAGCUCACAACAUUUUUUCGCACUUUGUUUCUGACAUGCCAAAUUUUCGAAUCGGUCUGCCUUUAAAAUUCCUUAACUCUUGCUGCAAGACAACCGGACCGUAAUACCUUCGGCCCGAACUCAGCUUCCAGUAAUUCACGCUACUUUAUAUCAUAAAUCUCUUUCAAGGGAUAGAUCCCUAAACUUCUUGUCUAUGCCUACUGUUUUAAGGACGAAUUCUAUCCCCGCGUAAGUAGCUCACAGUCCUUAUUAGGCUUGACUACCGCCCCAUCUCUUUUUAUUUACCCUUCAUUUCCUCCCGCACUUGCCUUCUGUUCAGGUGCUGCAUCGUGCAUCGUUUUAUUGUCCGAGACAGCAUCGAGAUGGCCCUGCACUCUUUGCACUCGCGUCUGCCAGUGGCCUCGGAAACGGACUGUAUGGUCGGUGCCGGGGCUCGUCGGUCCAGUUCUCAUGCCAGCGGGACCGCCGGCCCCGGGGAGGAUCGUGCUCAACUGCUGCAGAUGACUGUCGGCCAGCUAGUACAACUUCUCAAACUAGACGUGGUCGGUUUGAAUGGUGACGGUGAAAGUAACGACUGCGUAGCCAUAAACCCCAAGGACUCCUUUUGA